AUGGCUGCCAACACUGACAAGCAGGACUUUCAUUCUGCCACCAAGGAGCAUGAUAUCUCAGAGCUCGAACAUGCCUCCACAUCCUCUGAGCAGUCCUUUGACAAGGAGACUGCUGCAAAGAUCCGUCACCGUGUUGACUGGCGCCUUAUCCCAGCAUUGGGAGCCAUGUACGGCAUCAGCUUGAUGGACCGCAAGAAUGUCUCCAAUGCCGCCAUCGCUGGCAUGCUCAGGGAUCUUAAGAUGACAACAGGCCCUGGGUACAACCUGGCCAACAUGUGUUUCUUCAUCACGUACAUCCUCUUGCAACCACUGAUGAUCAUCGUCUGCCGCAAAAUGGGUCCUCGAUUCUUCCUCCCGCUGAUCUGCACGCUGUGGGGUUGCGUGAUCAUUGGAUUCGGCUUUGCACAGAAUUGGCCGACCUUGGUGCCGUUGAGACUGCUACUCGGUGCGCUGGAGGCAGGAUACUUCCCCGGAUGCUUAUACCUCCUGAGCUGCUGGUACACCAAAUUCGAAGUCGCCCGCCGCUACUCCGUCUUCUACCUCAUCGGCAGCAUCGCUUCCGCCCUCAGCGGCAUCCUCGCCUACGCCCUCCAACAGAUGGAAGGCGUCAACGGCAUCCGCGGCUGGCGCUGGAUCUUCAUCAUGGAGGGCGUCAUCACCUGCGCCGUCGCCAUCUUCGCCUACAGCUUCCUCAUCAAGUUCCCCGACGAGGAGCGCGAGAAGCCUUCUUGGGGGUUUCUUAAGCCCGACCAGACGGAAUUCUUGAUCAGGAGGCUUAAUGCGGAUCGGGGGGAUGCCGAUCCGGAGGAGUUCACGUGGGGGAGGUUCUUGAAGCCCGCUACGGAGUGGUAUAUUUAUGGGUUUCCGUUUAUUCUUUUCCUCAUCACAACAAUAGCCUACGCCUUCGCGUUCACCCUCCCCAUCAUCCUCCGCAACAACCUCAAAUUCUCCGUCGCCAUGUCCCAGAUGCUCGGCGCUCCGCCCUACGUCGCCUCCGGCAUCUUCAUGUACCUCGCUGCGUGGUACUCUGAUCGCAAGAAGACUCGUGGCCCGGUGCUCUGCUUUCUCUGUUUGGUGAGUUUGAUUGGGUUGCCGAUCAUGGGGUUUGUGAAGAAUCCGUGGGUGCAGUAUUUCGGGAUCUUUGUGACGGUCGCUGGGACGAAUAGUGCAAUUCCGAGCGUGAUGGCGUAUCAGGCGAAUAAUAUCAGGGGGCAGUGGAGGCGGGCGUUUUGUAGUGCGAGUUUGACGGGGAUUGGGGGCAUUGGGGGCGUGGCGGGCGCACUGAUAUUCAGGACGGAAGAUGGGCCACUGUUUGUACCUGGCUUUGCGACUUGUAUCGCGUGCAAUGUGCUCGUGAUGGUCACGGUGGCAAUCAUGACUUGGUGGUUCAAGAAGAAGAAUGCUCAGGCUGAUAGGGGCGAGUGUGUUCUGCUGGAGGAUCCGAACUUCAGGUUCACGAUUUGA